AUGGAUGUCUCUAAUGAUGAAUAUCUCUCCCGUUGUUCUUCGCUUGCGGAUUCCUCUGAUGUUCCCUUGUUUCCUUUUAGACCCUUGUUAGACAUUUCCACUCCUUCUCAAGGAUUACUUGUUGCCUUUUUAUGCAAUGAUGUUCCUCUCAUUAAUGAUCCAGUCGCCUAUUGGCAUACUAUCUCAGACAUGAAAGCCUUCUUUGAAUUACUAAGUUUUUCUAGAUUCACUCCUUUGCGGUCCUCCUACUUUGUAAUUGAUUGGACUCUUACUUUUGGCCUUCUUAAAGACACUCUUUACUAUCGUAUAGAUGUUUCAUGUAUCUCUGCCUCUCUUCAAUUCUGGCUCCAGCUCUGGUUUGAUGAACUUCCCUUGAUGUUUCAUUUACGACAUCAUUACCCGGAUUUAUAUGCGGAUGACUCUUUGUGUCCAAAUUGCAGUAUCUUUAUGGAAACCUUUGAACACUUCUUUACAUGCUCUCCAGAUGCUGACUCCAGUCUGGUUGGAAAUAGUUCUUUUCCAAUACCUUGUCAACGUGUUCUAUUGGAACUAAUGGAUCGAUUUUUAAACUGCCUUGCUCGAAAAGCUUCAUCUUCUCCUAAAGCCUGGCAGGACUUGGAUUCUCUCCUUUACCAAUUAAAAGCUCUUCCUUCUGUUGGCUUUUCAUCUCUUCAAACAUACUCUGACUCUGAACUACCUCGGCGUUCUGCCUGCAAUAUUAUUUUAAGAAAUUUUCUUAAAUUACAACGUGAAAUUUACCACCAACUUUGGCGUCCAAGAUGUAAGAUGAAAUCCCUUAAAGAUAAGGCAUUAGAUAUCAUGUCCGCCAUUCUUCGCAUGACUAAAAGUUCCAAUUUUACAAAUUUUCACUAUGACACCUCUUCGGUGACCUCUUUCCUGACCAACGAGUCUUUUUCUCCGCUUCAGGCUUUCAAAUGGUCCUCACUUGUGGUUAUACGUCUUGACAAAGGUUUACACGAAGAAGAUUUUAAUGAUGACGAGGACGACCCUUGCCUUAUUCUCCAGCUUAUUUCUCUUCAAGUUCAAUAUAAUAACGACCUUUCUUACGUCAGAAAAUAUCUUUUAUUCCAUAGAGCUCAUAUUCAGCUUACUCCCUACGAAAGAUCGACUUCUGAUUAUCCUGUUACACCAAUCAGCCUAUCUACGAAUCUUUUUGUUGAUGACUUAUUUGAGAAUCCCGUUCCUGCCAAUCUGAGUUCCCAUGAUGUAGAUCAUUUGGAUAGUUCUCUUGAAAAUUUGGGGUUUUCAGAUAUUACUUUUGAUGAUAUUAUUUCUCUGACUAUUAAUUGGAAUAAUUAUCUUGAUCCUAAUGCUGAUGAAGAUGAUUUAAUUGAGGAUGACCUAAGAAUGGAUGAAUUUAUGGGCACAAUGUAUGCUGCAUUUGGUCUUCUUCUGGUCUCAUCAGCUACUUCUCGUUCUUCCUCUCCUGUUUUGGUUACUUAUGAUGCUAUGAGUUUAAUGUUUUUAUCUGAUUCAGAUGAUGAAUUUUCCAAUUCUGAUGAUGACUUUUCCUUCCUGCCUUUCGAUAAAGAAACUUUCUUGUAUUAUGAAACUGAAUAG